AUGGACUCCAACAACACCACGGCUCUUAGUACCAGUUUUAAACUGGAAUGUAGAGACCAUCCGGCUGGGUUUGUAUUCUGGUCAGCUAUAGAGAUUCUAACUGCCAUUCUGGGUUUGCCAGCCAAUGUGACAGUGCUGUGGAUUUUACUGAGGAAAGAAUCUGCCCUCUCCUCUUCUGAGGUGUUCAUACUGAACCUGGCUGUCAUGGAUGCUUUGUUUUGCCUCAAUACACCCGUUGAUAUAUUUAAUGAUUACUUUAUGGAUAAUCCAAUUGUUUACUUAGUAACACAUUUUGUCUAUAAUUUUAAUGUGAUAGGAGGUCCUCUGUUCCUUUGUUGUAUCUGUAUGGAGCGUUACAUGGCAGUGGUGCAUCCAGUCACCUACCUGGGGUUCAAGUCACUCACCUAUAGAGUCCUGUGCUCUGCUGUGGCUUGGGCUGUUACUGUUGCUUUAUCCAUUUAUCUGAGUAUAGCAACCUUUGAAUUAUCUACAUAUGUUGUCUCAGGCUACAUGUCUGCCUUGUUUAUUGUCAUGAUUUUCUGUAGCAUCUCCAUCCUGAGGGUCCUGAGGAGGUCUGCACCGGGGAGAGACGAGAUCCAUCCCAUGAAGAAGAAAGCCUUCCAGAUGGUUUUUACCAUUUUAAUGAUUUUCUUAGUUUCCUAUUUCCCAGCAAUAGCCAUGUUCCCAUUUGAAUCCUAUUUCAACCGUAUUAUAUUUCAAUGUUAUAUAUUGCCAGUCUGCUUUUCCUUUUUUACCCCCAGUAGCUUCAUACAGCCUUUGCUCCACCUGUCUAAUGUGGGUGCCUUGUCUUGUGUGCAGUGUCCGUGCAAUGGGGCAUGCUGUAUAGCCCUGAGCCCCACUCCAUGA